ACUAAUAUUGACAAAAUUCAAAAACAUUUCAAAAUUCAAAGUGAAGAAGAAAGGUAGCAGAUAAAAGACUAUAUUAAUGAAUUAAUAUUCCAAUUUUAUAGCUUAUUUUUAUUGAAUUGAAUACAAUGAAGUGGUUUUAGCUUAGGGAUCUUCAAUUUUAUAAAAUCAAAUUGAGGCAGAUGGCGAUCGAGCGCAGCGCUGCCGCGGAGGCCGCGCGUGCCCCCGCCACGCCCACCGCAGCCCCCCUGCCCGCCCCCACCACCGUCAUCACCCUCGAACACGGGGAGCAUUUUGACUCUACGUUAUAUAGAUUUGAAAAAGGCUGCUAUUUACAAUUUUGUCCCGGACCAAGUUUAUUAGGCCGGAAGGUGUUCCUUUACACUAAUUAUGUGCUCACUGAUGAUGAACAAGACGAUCAAUCCGAGUUCAUCCGCAAUCAGUACUACGGGCUGGAGUGGCGCGCCGAGGGGGAGGAGGGAGAGAAGGGCGAGUCGUUGGGAGCCGGGCCCCUCGUCACCGACACCGACCUCUACUGUAAGAUCAAGCUGGCCAGGGCUGGCUCCUUCCAUUUCUACUUCGUCUAUGAUAAUGCAGAAUCUAAGAUAGGUCCCCAAGGCUCGGGCUGGUUCCACGUGGCGCCGACGCUGCGCGCGGGCCCGGGCGGCGCGGCGCGCAUCCCGCUGGACGGCGUCGCCAUGCAGACCGUGCUGGCCAAGAGCCUGGGCCCCUUGCCGCGCUGGGAGAACACGCUCAGGGUCGCCAAAGAGACGGGCUAUAAUAUGAUACAUUUUACUCCUAUACAGGAGCUGGGCGGCUCCAACUCGAGCUACAGCAUCGCCAACCAGCUGAAGCUGAACCCUCGCUUCGGGCAGGACACGGGGCGGGAGGUCACCUUCGCUGACGUCGAGAACAUUGUCGCCAAGAUCAAAAACGACUGGAACAUGCUGUCGAUAUGCGACGUGGUGCUGAACCACACGGCCAACGAGACGAGCUGGGUGGCGGAGCACCCCGAGGCCACGUACAACUGCGGCUCGUGCGCCUACCUGCGCCCCGCCGCGCUGCUGGACGCCGCGCUCGCCGCCCUCACCGCGCGCGUCGCCCGCGCCCUGCACGCGCCGCCCGUGCCGCCGCGCGUCACGCAACACGCGCACGUCGAGGCCAUCAAACACAUAUUGGAGACGCAGGUAGUCCCAGAGCUGCGCCUGCACGAAAUGUACAUGUGCAAUGUGUCGGAGCUAGUCCAGGAGUUCUACUUUUUGGCGAGAAACAAGGUGCCGGCGGUGAAGGCCCCGGCGGAGGCGGAGCGGCCGGUGCUGAAGCUGGUGGAGGACCCGCAGUACCGCCGCCUCCGCGCCACCGUCGACCUGGACGCCGCUCUGCAGCUCUACAACGUGUACAGGUCGGAGUGUUACGACGAGGAGUCCCGCCUCAAGAAAUGCUGUGAGGAGUUGAAGCUGAACCUGGAGCAGCUGAACGAGGCGGCCGCGGAGCAGGUGCGGGGACACCUCCGCGCCGCCGUCGACAACGUGGUCGCCGGCAUGAGGUACUACCGCCUGCAAUCGGACGGACCCAAGAUCGAGGAAGUCAGCGCUAAGAAUCCGCUGGUGCCGAGGUACUUCACGUGGGCGUGCGACGUGGAGUCGUGCAGCAGCGCGGAGGUGGAGGCGGCGCUGUACGGGGGGGAGGGGGGCGCGGUGAUGGCGCACAACGGCUGGGUCAUGGGGGCCGACCCCCUCACGGACUUCGCCGCGCGCCCCGCCGCCGCCGUCUACCUGCGCCGUGACCUGCUGGCCUGGGGGGACUCCAUCAAGCUCAGGUACGGCGACAAGCCGGAGGACAGCCCGUUCCUGUGGGCGCACAUGCGGGAGUACGUGGAGCUCACGGCCGAAGUGUUCGACGGACUGCGCCUCGACAACUGCCACUCCACGCCGCUGCACGUGGCGGAGUACAUGCUGGACUGCGCGCGCAACGUCAAGCCGGACCUGUACGUGGUGGCGGAACUCUUCACCAACUCCGACCACGUUGACAACAUCUUCGUCAACCGACUGGGCAUCACUUCUCUCAUCAGAGAGGCUCAGAGCGCGUGGGACUCGCACGAGCAGGGCCGGCUCCUGCACCGGUUCGGGGGGCGCGGCGCGGGGGCCUUCAUGUGGGGGGGGCCGCGCCCCGCCGUGCCGCACGUGGCGCGCGCCGCGCUCUACGACCUCACGCACGACAACCCCUCGCCCAUCGACAAGAGAUCCGUCUGGGAUUUGUUGCCGUCGUCGGCCUUGGUGUCCAUGGCCUGCUGCGCCACGGGGAGCACGCGCGGCUACGACGAGCUGGUCCCCCACCACGUCCACGUGGUCGACGAGUCGCGGCUGUACUGCGAGUGGAGCGAGGGCGCGGAGCCGGCCGAGGGCGGCGUGGGCCCCGCCUGCGGGAUCCUGGCCGCCAAGCGAGCCCUCAACGAGCUGCACCUACAGCUGGCCCAGGGCGGCUACGACGAGGUGUACGUGGACCAGAUGGACGCUGACGUGGUGGCCGUGACGCGCCACGAGCCGCGCUCCCGCCGCUCCGUCAUCGCCGUCGCCUUCACCGCCUUCCGCCCCCCCGCCGCCGCCGCCCGCCGCGCGCCCCCACCCCUCCGCUUUGAGGGACAGCUCGAGCAGAUCCUCAUCGAAACUGGAUUGAGAAUCAAGGACCACACGGCCGGCCCGUUCUCGAAGCACCCCCGCUACAUCACCGGGCUCGCGCAGUACGACGCGCCCGUGCGCCGCGACGUGCCGCUCGCGCAGUCCGACGUGUUCGCCGCGGAGAGGACCGAAGGACAAACCACGAUCUUGGAAUUCAAGCCCUUAUCCCCGGGCACUGUGGUCGUCAUUCGCGUGGCGCCGCGCCCGGCCGCCGCCAGCGCCGUGGCCGCGCUGCACAGGCACAUGGAGCUGGCGGGCGGCGGCGACCCGUACGGCCUGCAGCCGGCCCUGGCCGAGCUCGACCUGGUGGACUUCAACGUGCUGCUGUACAGAUGCGACGCGGAGGAGAGGGACGCGGGGGGCGGCGGAGUCUACGACGUGCCGGGCCACGGGCCCCUCGUGUACGCCGGCCUGCAGGGCGUGAUCUCGUUACUCUCGGAGAUAACUCCCAACGACGACCUGGGUCACCCGCUGUGCGACAACCUGCGCGCCGGGGACUGGCUCAUGGACUACACGUGCGCGCGCCUGGAGAGGGACCCCAGACUGGCUGCCGUGGCCGCCAAGUACAGGGAGGCGUUCCGGCCCAUCUCUGCGCUGCCCCGGUUCCUGGUGCCGGCGUACUUCGCGGCGGCGGCGGGUGCGCUGCACGGCGCGCUGGUGGCGGCGGCGCUGCGGCGGCUGCGCGCGCCCGCGGGGACCCUGCGCGCCGCGCUCGCGCUCACCAGCGUGCAGCUCACAGGGCACGUGCCGAGCGCGACCCUGCCCGCGCCGCUCCCCGCGUCCCCCACCGCGCCGGCCCCCCGCGGCCCCCGCCCCGGCUCGCUGUCCGCCGGCCUGCCGCACUUCGUGGUGGGCUACACGCGCUGCUGGGGGCGCGACACCUUCAUAGCGCUCCGCGGCAUGUUCCUGCUCACCGGGAGAUACGAGGACGCUCGCCUCCACAUACUGUCGUACGGGGCGUGUCUCCGGCACGGCCUGAUCCCCAACCUGCUGGACUGCGGGAAGAACGCGCGCUACAACUGCCGCGACGCCGUGUGGUGGUGGCUCUACUGCGUGCAGCAGUAUUGUAAGGAGGCCCCGGACGGGCUGUCCCUCCUGUCGGAGCCGGUGUGUCGGCUGCAGGCGCGCGAGGAGGGCGCCCCCGCCGCCGCGCCGCUGCACGAGCUGCUGCAGGACGCGCUCGACACGCACUUCCAGGGCCUCGUGUUCCGCGAGAGGAACGCCGGCAGGACCAUCGACGCGCACAUGACCGACAAGGGUUUUAAUGUGCAAAUCGGCAUCGACCCAGAAACCGGGUUCCCGUUCGGUGGCAACGACUCGAAUUGCGGCACGUGGAUGGACAAGAUGGGGUCGUCCGACAAGGCGGGCAACCGCGGACAGCCCGCCACCCCCCGGGACGGCAGCGCCAUCGAGCUGGUCGCGCUGGCCUACAGCACCGCGCGCUGGCUGGCCGAGCUGCACCGCGCCGGGCGCUACCCGACCCCGGGGCUGGUGCGCCGCCACCGGGACGGCACGCUCACCUCCUGGACCUUCGCGCAGUGGGCCGACCGCAUCCGGGCCUCCUUCGAGCGCCACUUCUGGGUCCCGCCGACCCCCGCCGCGCCCGACGCGCGCCCCGACCUGGUGCACCGCCGCGCCAUCUACAAGGACACGCACGGCGCCUCGCGGCCCUGGGCCGACUACCAGCUGCGUUGCAACUUCCCCGUGGCCAUGGCGCUCGCCCCCGACCUGUUCGACCCGCGCCACGCCUGGCAGGCCCUGGAUCAGGUCGAGAAGCUGCUGCUGGGGCCGCUCGGCGUGAAGACGCUGGACCCGGCCGACUGGGCCUACCGACCGGACUACGACAACUCCAACGACUCGGACGACCCGAGCGUCGCGCACGGCUUCAACUACCACCAGGGCCCCGAGUGGGGCUGGCCGCUCGGCUUCUACGUGCGCGCGCGCCUGGCCUUCGCGCACCCCUGCGGCAAGCACGCCCGCGCCGUCGCCGCCGGGUACCGCGCGCUGGGGCCCUCCGCCGGCGAGCUGCGCGCCUCGCCCUGGCGCGGCCUGCCCGAGCUCACCAACGCGGGCGGCGCCUACUGCCGGGACUCCUGCCGCUCGCAGGCCUGGACCGCCGCCUCCGCGCUGGAGGCCCUGCACGAGCUGCGCGCGGCGCGCCGGGCGCGGCCCCUCGCCGACUGACGCGCGCGGCCGCGCCGCCUGCUGCUGGCGCUCCGCCCCGCGCCCCGCGCCGCCGCCCCGCUGUACGCGGAGCCCUACGAGCCGCGGCCGCGGGCGGGCGCGCUGGGCGUGCUGCGGCGCGCGCUCCGCAGGGCCCGGCCGGCGGCGCGCACCAUCUACAACCUGCUGCAGGGCGGCCGCGACAGGCCGCUCUCUACCGUCGUGUACAGCGACCGGCUGCUGCGCUACGGGCUGCCGCUGCCGGUGCGCGUGGGGCGGCGCCGCCUGUGGGACGAGCUCGGCCGCGGCGCCGUCACGGAGCGUCGCGCCGCCGGGCCCCGCGCCGCGCACGUCCUGUCCCUCCCGCCGGUGCCGCGACUCGCCCCCCGCGCCGGGCCCCUGCUGGGUAUCCCUUCUCCCAACGAUUGUACAAAGUAUUAUCCGCGACGACAAUUUCGAUUUAGAUCUUCUCGAAGACGAAUCUUCAUCCUGCCGGCCGAUUGUCAUUUCUUGGAAUCGAUCCUGUGGGAGGGCGAAUCGGUUCACCGCUCUCUUGACUACCGGCAGCCCGCGGGUGGCGUCGAGCCCUGCCGCCCGCGCCCGGUCGCUCUGAAGCGGCUCUCUCGGAUGUCUUCGGCCUGCGGCUCCGCGCUGGAGGAGCCGGACGAAGGGGGGAUCCGGCCCCAGUUCGCGAUGCCGGACGACGAGAGGGCGGCGGGCGGGGCGGGCGGGGAGGAGGAGGGGAGCGAGGGGGAGGCGGCGGAGCUGACGUACGAGGCGCUAGUGAAGCCCUCCCCGCGGGUCAGCGUCAUCAAUUUGUCGGAGCGGCAGAACAACAAGGCGGCGUGGCGGCCGCUGGAGCGCAAGGUCCUGAACACGGCGCGCGAGGGGGCGGGGGCGGGGGGGCGCGGGGCGCGGCUGCAGCGGGCCACGCUGCGCGCGCUGCUCUCCUUCUCGGGGCUCUUCUACACGGUCGCCUUCCUCACCUUCUACUUCCUGAGCUUGCCGUGAGGGGGCGCCAGUAGACGCGUCGACGCGAUGACGGGCACAUCAGACUCACACUACGUCUCCUGUAUUAUUGUAAUUAUUGUACUUGUAUUUUUUAAAUUCUAAUAUCGAUAAAAUCGAAUUAAUAAAUCAUUGAAAAAAUGAUUUUAUAAUAUUUUAUAUCCUUGUAGUUUUCUCAUCAAUACUGUACUGUACAGUGUAAUGUUGAUACAAAAAUGAUAAUUAUUUUUAAUUCGCCAAUCAUAUUAUUAUAUAGUUUCCGCUUUUGUUAAUUUCCAGUCUGUGUCAAAAUGUAUAAUUGUUAAUAGUUUUUCAGUGUAUAUGUAUAUUUUUAGAGUUACUCAAGUGUUUAUUAUAGUAAUUAAAGUUAAAUAAAGGUGUUAUGCAAUG